CCCCGCCCGGCGCCAGGGCCAGCACUACGCCUCCCAGGAGGCCUUGCGCGCCGGGGCGGGGCGGGGCCAUCCGCGAGCGCCUAGCUUCCCGGGCUGGCCCGCAUGGCGGGCCCGGUGAAGGACCGCGAGGCCUUCCAGAGGCUCAGCUUCCUGUACCAGGCCGCGCAUUGCGUCCUCGCGCAGGACCCUGAGAACCAGGCGCUCGCCAGGUUUUACUGCCACACGGAGAAGACCAUCGCCAAGCGGCUGGUGCUGCGCCGGGACCCCUCGGUCAAGAGGACCCUAUGUCGCGGCUGCUCUUCCCUCCUCAUCCCGGGGCUCACCUGCACCCAGCGCCAGAGACGCCGGAAGGGACAGCGCUGGACAGUGCAGACCUGCCUAACAUGCCAGCGCAGUCAGAGGUUCCUCAAUGACCCCAAGCAUCAACUCUGGGGGGAUCGGCCUGAGGCCCAACUGGGGAACCAGGCAGAUUCCAGACCACCAGAGCUCCUGCCAAGCAUGGCCCACCCCCUUCCAGCACACCUCCCCAAGGAGAAUGUGCAGCCGCAGACUGAAAACACUAGUGAUGACUUCACCCCAUCUUCCAGCUAAAUAAAAUGGGGCUCUGAACUUGUGAUUGAUUAUUCUGUGGUAUUUUAACCCAUAAUGCCAUUUUCAUCUG